AUGACGUUGUGGAGAAACCGCAUCACGUUAUAUUCUCGGCUUGGCGUUGUCGCAGCAUGCGAAAAUUCAUUCUUUCCUUGUAAAAACUCGAAGUAUAAACAACAAGUGCUAGAUCUAGAACGACAGGAAGUGGUCAGAGUUUGUCAUUCGCUAGUCAAUUCCUCCAGGAUGAUGCAUUUUAGAAAGAAAUCGAGUAGUUCCGCCGGAUCCGACGGCAGUAAUGGGGGACACGGACGUACGCCAUCGGUGAAAUUGUCGAAAGAGGACCAGGAGAAGUUCAAGAUUCGUACUGCUUCGGUGGCAGAUCCGAUACUGGAGGCUGUUCAAGAGGCUCAACCUUUUGAGCAGGCUGCUGAGACGUUCCAGGACAACAUGAACCGGAAAUCGUACUUCUCGACAGAUGGGUCCGGAGUGCUGCGGGAUGUGUUUGGACAGCCGAUCCAUCAGCCAGACGUGUCGAACCCGACCAGGGCUAGAGAUGAGAGGCCUCUGGACACGAUCAGAGGCUUCGAGUAUGCUGUGUCAGGUGACCCUAGUUGGGGCCAGCAGCUAGAGACUCCCCAGUAUGGGUUCAGAGUGAGGCCUGACUUCCCACUGUUUGCGUCGAACCCGUACGGCGCCCAGGGGAUGGCUCCACAGCAGCCGACGUAUGCUGAGCAGGCAGUUUACCAGGCCCCGGUCGGCGAGGCUGUAUCCGGCCAGAAGAAGAAGAAGAGAGGGCUUUUCGGUAGAAAGAAGAAGAGCAAGGACUAG